AUGAGAAGGCACCACCCAACUUGCGUCGUCCAAGGCAACUACAUUGUCGUUGAUGAGCAGGGCGACAAGUUCGAAGUGCCACAAGACAAAGCUAGACCUGUGGAUCCAAACUGCCUGAAAGGGGUCGAGGACCUGCUAUCGCUGGGUGACUUCAAUGAGGGCGCGCUUCUGCACAACGUGCGGCAAAGAUACUUCGACGAUCUGAUCUACACGGGUAUUGGAAGCGCGGCCCUUACAGCAGUGAAUCCGUUCCAGAAUCUUCCAGGCUUGUACUCUGAAGCGAAGCAGAAGUUUUAUCGCGACCGAUCCGCCGCUGCAGGUGCUUCGGGCGACGAGUCGGAACUUCCGCCGCAUCUUUUCUCCGUGGCGGCCGCUGCUUACACGACAAUGCUCAGCGAUGCACGGAACCAGUCCAUCAUCAUCUCUGGAGAGAGCGGGGCCGGCAAGACAGAAGCUACGAAGCGUAUUCUGACGUAUUUCGCAAAUCUCCAGCGUUCCAGUUCUGGCGUGCAUGAAAAGAUGAGCAUCGAAGAGCAAGUUCUCAGAUCCAAUCCCAUCCUCGAAGCUUUUGGCAAUGCGAAGACCAUUCGUAAUGACAAUUCCUCUCGCUUCGGGAAGUUCAUCGACAUUGAGUUUGAUUCCUCUGGGAAGCUACAAAGCGCCCGGAUAUCAAAUUACCUAUUGGAAAAAAGCCGCAUCGUAAAGCAGCAGCCAGACGAGCGGGGCUAUCAUGCAUUUUACCAGCUGUGCGCUGGGGCCGGCUCCUUGCCUGGCAUUGGGCCCACGCUGGGACUGCGAUCUGCACGUGCCCAUGCCUACACAACAGUAUGCACGGACAUCCCUGGUGUCGAUGACACAGAGCAGUUCCAGGAAGCCGUAGAGUGCAUGGAUGGACUGGGCUUCAGCACUGAAGAGAAGAAUUCGGUAUUUCAGAUUGUUGCGGCAGUACUACACCUUGGCGACAUGCAGUUUGAGGAAGGAGAUGAUGGCAGUCGCAUAUGCGAUGCGGCACUCAUGGCCAAGCUAUGCGAACUGCUGCAAGUCUCAAAGGAAGACUUCACCAACACAUUCCAGUACCGGACCAUGGAGGAUCCGUUCAGCAAAAAGAUCAUCAACAUGCCCCAGGAUCCUUCCAGCUCCUCCAACACCCGGCAUGCCAUGGCAAAACAUCUGUACUCUCGGCUCUUUGACUGGCUGGUGUGGCGCAUCAAUCAGAGCACUGCAGGUAAAGGAGGUGGCCCAAGGAAGGACGCAACCAAGAAGAUCGGGAUUCUGGACAUCUAUGGCUUCGAGGUCUUUGAGUGGAAUUCCUUUGAGCAAUUGUGCAUCAACUUUGCAAACGAGAAGCUGCAGCAGCACUUCAACUCGCAUAUGACGCUUGGUUUCUUCAUGACUUCGGAGGAUGAGAGGGAAUUUGGAGUGGCUGUCACGCAUAGCAGUGCAUCUGCAACGGCAGCUACAGCCUCCGCGACAGAAGUGCAGCCAAGCAAGAUUUACAACACCUUCAAGAACUCCAAGGUGGUCUACAAGCCAUCACGGUUUGCAUCCACCAACUUCGCUGUGGCGCACUAUGCCGGGGAGGUUGUCUACGAUGUGCUCUCCUUCCUGGAGAAGAACACCGACAAGCUGCAUGCAGACAUCAUCACUCUUCUAAAGUCGUCCUCCAUGGCUAUGUGCAAAACGCUUUUCUCCGAUCCGCGCUUCACGCCAGACAUGCAGGGCCAAGUGGCACGGGCAGCUCCCUCCCCACCGAAGCGUGGGCCGGAAUCGAAUCAGAGGGCAAAGCAGAACGUCACGGUCAGCAUGAUGUUUCGGCAGCAGCUUGAUCAGCUGGUGGAGGAUUUGAAUCGAACAAACCCCCGCUACAUCCGCUGCAUUAAGCCGAAUGGAAACAAGCAGGCUCAUGAGAUGGACUCUCUUGAUGUGCAGCGACAGCUACGCUGCGCUGGCAUGCUUGAGUCUAUCCGCAUCCGCCGCGCUGGGUACUCGGUCAGGCGGCCAUUCAAAGAGUUCUUCAACAGGUUCCGCAUUCUAUGCCCGCACAUUUCCACGGGCAGAAGCCUAGACCCGGACUACAAGGAGUUGAGCCGAAAGAUCCUCAUGGAUGUGGAGGCCAAGUUUGAGGCGCAGAAGCAGCCCCUUGCCCCUCGGAAGCAAAGUCAUGGCAAGUGGGAAGAAGCAAAGUCUUCCUGUCCCUGGAAAGAGGAGCUACAGGGAAGGCUGGAGAAGGCCAUAGGCGAAGCUGUGAAGGUGUUCGUCCUGCGCAUACAAAAGAGGUGGCGUGGCUUCCGUGCAAAGCGCCGCUUCCGACAAAUGAAGGCCGCCACGCUGCAAAUGCAAGCAAUGCUCCGAACAUUGCGACUGCGAUCCCUGUUUCUGGCAGAGCUACAGAAGUCGAAAGCCAGCGUCACUUUGCAAUGCUGCCUGCGGAUGCUGGCUCAACGCUCCGCCUUCUUGAGGCGGCGGUCGCACGCUUUGCGGAUACAGACCAUCUGGCGAGGGUGGUCGUGCCGACGCAAGAUUGGCAAGCUGAAGGGAAAACUUGCGGCCGACCGGAUUCAGAAGAUGAGGGAGGACGAGGAGAAGAAGCAGGCAUUUGAUGAGGCCAAGAAGGCAGCACAGGAGAAGGCUAAGGCCUUAGAGGACAUGCAGAAGCAGCUUGCAGAAGAAAGGGAGCGUGCCGAACGUGAUGCCACACAGAGACUGGAAGAAGAGAGACAACGGAUCGCACAAGCUCAAAGCAAUGAGCAGGCAAAGGUUCGAGAAUCGGAGUCUGGACAGCUGGAGCAGCUUCGCAAGGAGCUUUUCGAGUCCAGGAAGGAGAACGCACGACUGCAAGGGCAACUCGACACAAAGUCCUCUGAGACGGGACUUGAAGUUAGCUCUGCAGACUACGAAGCCCUCAGGGCAGAACUGCAAGACGUUCGGCGCGAGAAAGUCCGUCUGGAGGUGGAGAUGACGACUUGCAAAAGCGCUGAGGAAUUUACGUCCAUCGCCGAGGAGGUCGCCCAGCUGCGAGAAGAGUGCUCUUCCAUGCGUAGGGCCAAACUCAGUGCAGAGACGCAGCUGGAACAGAAGAAGGCGCAGCUGGCAACAUCGGAAGAGAGGGUCAGCAAGCUGGAAGCCCAAACUGUGGAGCUGCAAGUUUUAAAAUCGUCGAACGACGAUCUUCAGAUUCAGCUCCAGAGGCUCACCGCCCAAAACCAAGCAUUGGAGCAAAGGGCUGCUGCUGAAGCCUCCCUCCGCAACGAGCUGAGGGAUCUCAAAGUUGAAAAGAUCCGACUGGAGGGAGACCUGGACACCUUGAAGCUGCGGGAGGAGGCCAUGUCUGCCAAGCUGAAGGGCUCAGACAAGGCUGGGACCGAGCUGCAGCAAUUGCGCUCCCGCGCCAUGGCCGCUGAAGCUGAGCUGGAACAGAGCCGGCAUCAGCUGGAGGCUUUGCAGCAACAGCUGGAGCGAAGUAGCCGACAAGCUGGCAACGAGCGUGCGAGCUCUCUCGACCAACUGCGAAGUGAGCUGCUUGCACGGAUCGAGUCCAAGCCUACGCAGCCGGCAGACCCUGGCAUGCGGCCAUCCAUCCUUCCUGAUGAGGACGGUCGCAAGAGCAUGCUGAAUCAGAGAGAGAUGAUGGAGAAGCUGAAGCAACAGUUCAAUGAAGCCACCCGGGCCAAAGAUGUCGAGCAAGAGCUUCCCCUUGCGACUGGAAGUGCUGACCGGGAGCUGGAACUCGAAGAGCAGCUUCGACAGGUGCGGAAGGAGAAUGUCGAGCUCAGCAUCAAGGUCUCCAGCUUGCAAGAGGACCUAAAAGACAAGCAGCAGGAGUCUUCCCAUCUGCUUGGAAGCAGCAGCGGCCUCAAAGCAGAAGUGGAGGAUCUCAAAAUUCAGCUCGAGCAGGAGUUGUCGGCAGCCAAGCGUCACGCAGCCAAGUCCAGCGAGCUACAGGAUCAACUGCUGGCUGCGGAGGCAGAGCUCCCAAAUCUCCGAAGGCGACUCACACUCGCAGAGGAGCAAGCACUCCAGGCCCAAGAGGAGGUACGAGUUGCGCAGCAGCGCUGCAGUCAGAUGCAGGACGACAGCCGCUUGCUGCAGCAGCAGCUUAAGCAGUUCCAGGCUACCGCAGCCGAGUGUGCGCUUCGGGAGCGUACUGUGGAUGAUCAGCUGAAGGAGUACAAGGAUCAGGUUGAGGUCUUGCGGCAAGAGAUGGACAUGGGCCGAUCACAGAGUGAGUCUUCGCAGAGGCGCUUGCAUGCUGAGUGCGAGAGGCUCAAGGUGGAGCUCACCGAGGCAAAUGCCGAGCGCGGAAAGAUGCGGAGCAUUGUCGAUGAGGUCCUGAAAGCUCAAGAAUCACAAGACCUUGAAAAAUGGAAGCUCAAAGCAGCGCAUUUCGAGAAGAAAUACGCGGAAGCGAAGAAGCUCAAUGAAGACAUGACCCAGGUCAUGUCGCAUAUGACACAAGCCGUCUCGGGACGGCCUGAUGGCUCUGCAGAAGCGAUGAGACAAAUCAAGGAACUACAAAGACAACUCGAGGCCAAGAUGCAGGAGCUGCGAAAUGCGAAGCAAGAGCGCGAUGAAGCUCAACACACGCUCAACGAACUUCAGUCCUCAGGUGAGUUCUUCAAGGACAAGUACAGAGACUCGCAGAAUGAGCUGCGGUCACUGCGGGAGGAGCACGCUGCGGCGGCCAAACUGAAUGGUAUGCUGAAGAAUCGACUUGAAGCACUUCAGCUUGGCGCGGCGCAAGACCUUGAAGAUGGGAAGUCAUCCAAGGCCGCUCUUGCAGACGGUAGCCAGCGUUCCGGUGCGGAAGUUCAGGAGCUUCAGUCGAAGCUUGAAACCCAGGAUGUUCAGCUGAAUCGGCUGAAGGCAGAUGUGGGAAAGCAGCAUGAGAUCAAUGAAUGUUUGAGGAUGCUUACCGUGCUUGAGGCACAGCACAGAGAGAUUUGUGAAUCGUGGUGCGAAAGAGCUGGCGCCGUGAUGGAUUCGAACACCAUCCGCAAAACGGACGAAAUCAAAGCGCAAGUUCAGACUGUGAUGAGAAAGCUGGACGAGAUUGUCCGCGCUCAGAAGUGA